AAAAUUCGAUAGUAAUAAAACGACCCUUCUGCAAAUUAGCCACCUGCAAAUGAAAAGUUCCAAACUUUCCGCACCAAUCCUUGGUUAAAUUCCACCCAGUUUUCUUUCACUGUAAGCACCCAUCAUCACUCCUCAUUUCCCCCCCCUUCUCUCCUAAGGGGGGUGUCACUUUCUCUCUCAUUAAUUGGGGUGUCACAGUUUUCAAUCCUUUUCUUUAUUUCUUGUUAUCUAUGUUAGUUUUGUAUUGUAUGCUGGUUGGUGUCCCAAUUCAAUAUCAGAUUUCGGGGUUCUUAGGGCCUUGACAUGGCUGCCAGAAAGGCCUGUGAGACAUUCUCAAAAUCAUUGAUUGAGGAAGUGAAUAGAUGGGGUUGCUUGAAGCAAACCGGUGUGAGUUUGAGGUACAUGAUGGAAUUUGGGUCCAAACCUACUGAUAAGAAUUUGCUGAUUUCUGCUCAGUUUCUUCACAAGGAGCUUGCCAUUAGAAUUGCCAGAAGGGCUAUUGAGCUUGAGAAUCUUCCCUAUGGUUUGUCUCAAAAACCUGCUGUUUUAAAGGUUAGGGAUUGGUAUGUGGAUUCUUUCCGUGAUAUCAGAGCCUUCCCUGACAUCAAGAAUAUGAUCGAUGAAAGAGAGUUCACUGAAAUGAUCAAGGCCAUCAAAGUGAGACACAACAAUGUGGUACCCACGAUGGCUUUGGGUGUUCAGCAAUUGAAGAAAGGUUUGGAUCCAAAGAUAGUUAAUGAAGAUCUUGUUGAGAUUCAUCAGUUCCUCGACCGCUUUUACAUGUCAAGAAUUGGAAUCCGAAUGCUCAUUGGGCAGCAUGUUGAGUUGCACAAUCCCAAUCCUCCUCCCCAUGUUGUGGGUUACAUACAUACAAAAAUGUCUCCUUUGGAGGUGGCCAGGAAUGCCAGUGAGGAUGCACGUGCUAUAUGUUGCCGUGAAUAUGGAAGUGCCCCUGAUGUACAUAUUUAUGGAGAUCCUGAUUUUACUUUUCCGUAUGUUCCAGCUCACUUGCAUCUUAUGGUAUUUGAGUUGGUUAAGAACUCGCUGCGUGCUGUCCAAGAGCGUUUUAUGGAUUCUGAUAAAGUUUCACCUCCCAUUAGAAUAAUAGUUGCUGAUGGGAUAGAGGAUGUUACCAUAAAGGUCUCAGAUGAAGGAGGUGGAAUACCAAGAAGUGGUCUGCCAAAGAUUUUUACAUAUCUAUAUAGUACAGCCAGAAACCCUUUGGAUGAGCAUUCGGAUCUUGGAAUAGCUGAUAGUGUGACAAUGGCUGGAUAUGGAUAUGGACUUCCUAUUAGUCGCCUAUAUGCUCGGUAUUUUGGAGGUGAUCUUCAAAUAAUCUCCAUGGAAGGAUAUGGGACUGAUGCAUAUCUCCAUUUGUCUCGUUUGGGAGAUUCACAAGAACCUUUGCCUUGAAAGCACCUUUCAGCCAGAGUUACCCUUAGUAACUCAAAGUAAUAUUGUGCCAAGGAAAAACACCAUUGUUAUUGCUAAAAAGGACUAUUUGGUUUCAAUUAUUUGACAUUCUAAUAAUUUGACAGAUUUCUUGUAAGUAUGUCCUUCAUAAGAUUGUGCAAUGGUGAUUGGUGUUGACCCCUUCUUUGCCUUCA